AUGAGUCUUGUAGGGAUAUUGCUAGGUGGUAUUCCAUUCACAACUUUGCUUACAUUGUACAUGAAACAGAAAAUUUUAGCCUCCACAAUACAGUAUACGACAAGUACAACUGUUGCAACGAUGUUGAACCAAACGAAUACGACCAAGCCAAUAUAUUUUUGUGGAGGUAUCUCAUCCUAUACACUUUGGCAACCAUACGAUGUAGACGUAAUGAUGAUGAACAUUGAUACUACGAAUUGUAGUUUUAAUGCAACACCAAUAUAUUUCACUAGUAUGGCUGGCUUAGGUUCCCAUUGGACAUUGAUUGGUUAUACUGGUAUUAGUAUUGCUACGAAUAUUUCAUUUACAAUUUACGCUAGUUCGUGGGCUAACUGGAAUAGCACACAAAUGGUUGCCAUUGCUCAAACAAGUCUAUGGAAUGCGAAUUGGUUGGGUUUUUCUUAUUAA